AUGAGGGAGGUCAACUUCAGUAUCCCCAACGUCAACAAGGCGUCUGUGGGCAUCACCACGGCUCUAUACGACCGGCGAGCACUUGACUGCACUUCGACUCUGCCACUCAUCAACUCGCUCAAUCACCUCGCCUACCUCACAACCUCGUCCGCCCGGAUUCGCGAAAUUCUUACUGUCGAUGGAGGAAUUGAACGUCUGGUCUGCAUCCUGAAGGAGGGUCGCAGUAAGGAAGUCAUGGACCUCUGGAAAUGGAACCUUGCAUUCCAGUGUGUCGUCAACAUUGGCGUUCGAGGCACUGAAAAGGUUCGUACCAGGGUUGUGGAGGCGGACAUGGUUCCUGUCAUCGCGACUAUCCUCGACAAUUACAUCAAAGUUGUGGAGAAAUGCAGAGAAAAGGCAGACGAGGCAAAGCAAAAGCACAUCAAGGAGCAUCACCAACGCCAGCAGAAGCAGGCCAAGGUGAUGUCCUCCACGCCACGGGCAACAGCCACUGAGGAUGAGCGGCCUUCACACCGUCAAUCACCUCUAUCUAUUGAUGUUUCUGCUAGUCUCGCAGGCCCUUCGACAGCUGCUGCCACGUCUAGUGGGGAUGCCAAUGCCGCUACUACGCACAACGUCUCGGUCGCUUCGAGGGAAGCAAGUUCUGUCUUGGCCCACCGCCGCCAAGGUCUACGUUCCUCAGCCGUCCGGAACGGCUCGCCGUCGGGCUCGAGGCAGAGCUUGCGGCCUUUGGCUUCGUCUGAUGCCGAAGGAACUGCAAUGUCCAACCUGGAAGGAGCUGAUGGCUUUUUGCGGCCCGUCCGCGAUAUCGACCGCUUGGCGUCCAUGGCUCCUUUCGGCCCCGGCGACCUGACUUCGCAACCGACAUCGCCAACUACGCCUCUGCCACCGCCGCAACUCCGCUCUCCUGCUGUACGCCCCGCGUCCAACACAACUACCCCCGGUCGUAACCGUCGCCGCCCUUCGAUCCGCCAUCAAAAUUCUACAUCGGCCUCGGAAGAUAUCAAUGGCGACGGUGUCACCUCCGACGAGUCUCCUGAUACUGAAAUGACUGGGACCGGAGAUAUUCAGCCACCUGUAGGAAUCCAAGAUAUCACCAUGGAAGGCGAUGAAAGCAUAUUGGCCGACGCUUCGCUGGACUUGGCGACACCCACCGUGUCAGAAACGCAUCAAGAAGCGGGUACCUUCAACAUAACACAUCGAAGCCCCAUCAAUGGUAGCGUGGUCACAAACAAUACGCCCACACCUGUGCCUCAGAUGGGUCUGUCACCGAACCGACCAACAAUGGUCUCUCCUCCUGCCCCGGCGCUACCCAGCUCGAUCACUUCGCGUUACAUCCUGGAUCGGCAUUUCAUGCCAAGUAACGACCUCAUGGUGGCUAUGCCACGAGAGGAAGACGUUCUCAUGUCGCUACAACUUCUUGCUUACGUUUCUAAGUACUGCGGUCUCCGCUCGUACUUCCAACAGAGCCAUCUCGUGCCGAAGCUCAACAUCGAUAAGGAGCUUGCAGCUGCUAACGACGAACCGUGUCCCGAGCAUGCCAGCGACAGCGAAGACGAAGAGUACCUCUUGCCGAACGAUUUUAAUCUUUUCCCUCUAGUGGAAAAGUUUACUGUGCGAUAUCACACGACCGACAUGCAAUAUUGGGCCGGCGUUGUGAUGCGAAAUCUCUGCCGCAAGGACGAUACACGAGGAGGCAUCAGACAAUGCGCAUACUACAAGUGUGGCAAGUGGGAAGAAUACACUCGCCAAUUUGCCAAGUGCCGGCGAUGUCGCCGUACGAAAUACUGCAGCAAAGAGUGCCAGAAGAGCGCAUGGGCAUUCCAUCGUCACUGGUGCGUCCAAGCAUCGCAAUGA